AUGGCACUCAAGGGCAUCCUCAAGAGCACCCCCGCUGCCGCCGAGGCCGGUCCCAGCAAGCCCCGCGCUGCCGCUGGCGCCAAGCCCAAGGCUACCGUCAAGGCCACCAUCGCCGCCCCUGCUCCCAAGGCCCGCAAGUCGGUCAAGGUGGCCAAGCCCGACAGCGACGCCGAGAUGGCCAGCGAGGACGACAACGACUUUGGAGAGGACGAGUAUGACACCGACGAGGAGAUUGAGCGUGCCAAUGCCCCCGGCGAGAAGAAGCCUCUCAAGCGCAAGCGCGUGACCACUGCCACCGACUUUGGUUCGACGCUCACGUCGCUGCUGUCCGAGUCGGCCGUCAAGCCCAAAAAGUCCAAGAAGGCCAAGCGGACCGCCGCCGAGGACAAGGCUGCCGCCGACGCGAGCGACGCCGACGACGACGACGACGUGCCCGCGCCCGCGCCCGUGGACCUGACGCGCCCCGCACCCAAGUCGAACCCGAUCCUGGCGCUGUCCGCCAAGCCGCUCCCGCCCUCGCGCGCGGCCGUCAGCCUCGAGCGCCGCGCCGCCCGUGCCCUCAAGGCCGAGAAGGAGGAGCGCCUCGACCGCGCCCGUGUGCGUAAUGUCCUCGAGGGGUGGACGCCUGCCCCCGGCGCCAACGUCGGCAGCCAGGAGUUUGAGCGUGGUCUGCGCAAGACUGCCCAGCGUGGUGUCAUCAAGCUCUUCAACGCCAUCCUUGUCGCCUCGAAGAACGCCGAGGAGGCCGCCGUCACGCUCUCGCAAAAGGCCGGCGUCAAGCCCGAGGCACCACGGAACAAGAAGGAGAGGGACAACAUCCUCGGCCGUGGCGCCCGCGAGGAUGUGCUCACCAAGGAGAGCUUCCUCGACCUUGUACGCAAGGGCGGUGCCAAGUAA